AUAAUCAGCAAUACACAAGACCAAAACACUGAUCUGAAGAUCAAGAAUAAACAUCAAGAACUUUAUUCCUUUACAAAAGAUAUAAACCCCCGAGACACAGCAGAGCGGUCAAGUGGUGGCGUCUGACGAGGACGACACAGAAACCAGCAGCCCACCUGAGACAGACAGUUCUGCAGCCGCUGAGAUAACAGAUCACAGCCCUGUUCCAGCUGAGAGGAGCCCCGCCCCGCCCUGGAAUGCCAAACAUCUGACAAUCAGCUCUGGAGGGGGAGAGGCCGAGAAGCCGCACCUCUUCAGGUGCACCUGGAGGAGACGAGUGAAGGCGAUUCUGAGCCUCUCACUCACAACGGCGUAAAAGAUAUCAAUCCCUUGAGAGCGAUAGAAGGAAAACAGGAGCACCUCCAGAGUUGGACCACUCCGAUCAAGAGGAAUCAGACCAAAUGGGACGUAGAAGGUCUGGCAAAUGGAGGAGGAGCUCUCAUGGAGAUGGGGGCGGACCUCAAACGACAGUAAGUCACCAAUGAAGACUCAGCCAGGUAGUCCUGCAAUAACCAGUUCGGCAACAAAUCUGGAAGCAGCGUGGGUUGACUUUAUCUUCUGGGGAGGCGCCCAAAAUCCUUUCAGAAUGCUUCUCAGGAGAAGCUCCAAUCUCACCUGGAACAGGUAGCUACGAGGACACGGUUCGAGCAGAAUGGGUAGAGGACGCUGCUGACACUAUGAGUUCGACGGAUGCACCUGUCCACGCAACGCUGGCCCAUGUCAUCGAGUCCGUCAUGGACGAGGAGCCAGUCAUGAGACAAACGGAGACCCCCGAGUCCAAACGCAGAAGUCUCAAAGUGUCUUACAGCGAGAAGGUAUUUGCUAAGAAGGUCAUGGUCACGCCAGAGGUCCACGCGGAAGAUCAACGUGAGACACUCAAAGCUGCGAGAGACCUCGAACAGCUGAGAACCAACGACAGGGCAAGAGGUCCAGAGGAAAGGGUGGACGGCACCACUGUAAAGUCCAGUCAUCACGCGGGCCGCAUCGCAGACAAGAUCAGUCUGUUUGAAAACCAAGCGGUCAGUGCACUGAAGAGUGGCUCCACAAGCCUGCGGCAUCCGGACAUUGCCCCAGCUCGAAAAGUGUCGAGUCGUCUCCGAGAGAUCACAGAACCGGCUGGAGCGCGGCCCAGUUCUGCACCUCCGAACCAGACGGUUAAAGAGCGGGCAUUGAAUUUCAAUACAGGCCAGAGGAGACACGAGACAUUUACAUUGACGUCUGGGAGAUCAGGGGUUUCUGGCCAAUCACUGAAUGCUGGACAUUCAAAAAUGACUGGUCAAACAUCUCAACAAUGUGAAAACGUUGGAAAAUCCACAGCAAAGACCAGCUGGGAGAAGCCAGAAGUUAAACUCAAAGCUCCUUCAAACACAGAUCAAACAGACUCCAAAUCCCAGAAUGCAACAUUUUCAGAGAGAACAAGUGACUCAACACUUGGAGAUAAGGAGGCGAGGACAACAAACUGCUUUUCGCCAACUGUUUCAUCACCUACUGAUGAGACCCCACAGGUCAAAUCUAUGAGCCAGACAGCCUCAAGAUCUAAACAACUGCGAAGCAAAGAUGGGGUUCAAUCCCUGAGCCCAAACAUCAAAAACAAAGAAACCGUACAAGUUAAACAGGCAGUAAAGGACGAAAAGAGCACCUCCAAACCUCUUAAAGACACAAAAGAUGCAACAAAACCCACAGAUGAAUAUUUGAAGAGCACCAAAAUCACUGAGGUGAUUUUAAAAAAGCCCAAAGUGCCACAAAAGCUGGUGAAUGCACUGGAAUUGGUGCAAAGCUCAAAGAAACCACAAGAUACCGACUCCAAUUGGUUAAAAUCCCCACAGAUGGAAACUAAAAGUUUCAAAGAAACAAAGACAGUAACCUCUGCUUCUGGAACACUGACGUUAUUUCCUUCUACAUCCAGAAAGAAAAACUCCCAAACUGAGAGCAGCUCCAUUGGGAAGCACAUAGAACCAGAAACUGACCAAAAGAACUUCAACAAAAAGCAGCCUGUUCCAGAGCACUCUGAAAGAGAGCGGGAAGAGGAGCAGGAUAACCGAGACAUGAUUGUAAACCCAUUGAUUGGAGAGUUGGGGGAACCAGAACCAGCUGUGACAAAAGAAGAGAAGCCGCCAACCCAAGAGGACCUGAAAGAGAGCACCUCUAAAGACCUUUCUGAGCCAGCCGAUAGCAUUCCUGGAGCCGGCUCGAAGGGUGCCAUACAGAGAAGAGGGAGUGAAAAGGUGUUACCUGAGAAAGACAGAGUGUCUCAAGGGAUAAGUACCUCUGAAAAUGGCUCAAGUGAUCAGAAGGACAGUUUGACCAAGAUACUAAGAACUAAUAAGAAUGAGAAAUUCCAAAACUCCAAAUUUUCACCUCAAAUUCCACCCACAGAGGAAGCACACAAAAGAGGUGGGCCAACCCCAUUGAGCCAAUCAGAGAGCAGAGAAGAACAAAAGACACAGACAGCAGCCAAUGAGAGACAGUUAAAACAGGAACAGGAGGGAAUAAAGGCCACGCCCCCACCAGCCUCAUCUGAUAAAAAGACCAUGCUGCCUCCAGCCUCAUUUAAUGAAAAGUCCACACCCUCACUACCCUCAUUAGAUGAAAAGACCACGCCUCCUCCCACCUCAUCUAAUAAAAAGACCACACCCUCACUACCCUCAUUAGAUGAAAAGACCACGCCUCCUCCCACCUCAUAUGAAAAGACCACGCCUCCUCCCACCUCAUCUAAUAAAAAGACCACACCAUCACUACCCUCAUUAGAUGAAAAGACCACGCCUCCUCCCACCUCAUAUAAUAAAAAGACCACACCCUCACUACCCUCAUUAGAUGAAAAGACCACGCCUCCUCCCACCUCAUCUAAUAAAAAGACCACACCCUCACUACCCUCAUUAGAUGAAAAGACCACGCCUCCUCCCACCUCAUCUAAUAAAAAGGCCACACCCUCACUACCCUCAUUAGAUGAAAAGACCACGCCUCCUCCCACCUCAUCUAAUAAAAAGACAACACCCUCACUACCCUCAUUAGAUGAAAAGACCACGCCUCCUCCCACCUCAUCUAAUAAAAAGACCACACCCUCACUACCCUCAAAUAAUCAAAAGACCACACCUUCUCCCACCUCAUGUAAUGAAAAGACCACACCCCCACCAGCCUCAUUAACUGAAAAGACCGUGCCUCUUCCCACCUCAUCUAACAAAAAGACCACGCAUCUUCUGGCCUCAUUUAAUGUAGAGGCUACGCCUCCUCCCGCCUCAUCUAAAGAGAAGACCACGCCUCCUCCCACAUCAACUAAUGAAAAGGCCACGCCUCCUUCUGUGUCAACUAAUGAAAAGGUCACAUCUCUGGCCUCACAUCCUCCCGCCUCAUCUAACAAAAAGACUACGCCUCCUCCUGCCUCUUCUAAUGAAAAGACCAUGCCCCCACCAGCUUCAUUAAAUAAACAGACCACACCCCCACCAGCCCUAAUGAAUGAAAAGGCUGUGCCUCUUCAAGUUUCAGCCAAUGAGAAGGUCUCCCAGACAUUAGCCUCAGGCAGUGAAAAAUCCCCACCUAGUCCUAUUAAUACUCAAUCUACAGAUCCAUCCACAAGAAAAAAGGAAUCGAUUCCAAAACCAUUUUUCCUUCCACAAAUCCCCUCUGCACCUGGAAGACCCUCCCUGAACAGAGACUCUCCAUCCAGCUGGCUGGAUAUUGACCACCAACAACCCAUCAGGAAGAAGCAGACAAUUUCAGAACCAAAUCCUAAGCUCAGCUCUUCUGUCAGUGAGACAAACCUCCUGGAUACUUCUGGAAAAUUCGACCCAGAUGAUUUUAUUGCCAGUGUAAAGAGGCUAGCAAUGCCGUUCAGAUUUCCCCAACGCAAACACAACCAACUUCGCCUGCAAGCCCCUCCAUUUGCCAUGCCUGCCAUUAGAGAAGACCGCUGCGAGAAGCCUUUUGAUCUGGAGGAGUUCCAGUUUGGCUUGAGGAGAAAGAGGAGUGAGUUCACCGUGGACAUGGCGCCAACUUCAAUAACGAAGAGUAAAAACAAAGAGGCCAAGGAGGAGGACAACAAGCUCAAGCGGAUAAACCCUGAGCGGGAGAGCAUUCUCUCCAGGUCCCUCCUCUUUCAGAGGGCAAAGAAGGAGCCAGAAGAGGAGGAAGGCGAAAAGAAAGAGGGAUCAGAGGAAAGGAAAUCCGAACAAUUGAAGAGGUCUCGCUUGGGGAGAUCCUCCAUUCUCGGCAGUCUACACAAUCCCAACAGGGUGAUACUAAUGGAUCUUUUAAGCCCAACCGAAUGUCCCUCAGAUGGGCUGUUAUCACCAAACAAUGCACCUGGGUCUUCAACACCUCAGCAAACACAACCAAUGCCAACUGCACAGUUACCAAAAAAGGACACAGCUAAUAAUGAACAAAUGGGUGUCAACCCAACCCAGAAUGGUUCCCAAGUUGUUCUAGAACCUGUUAAAGAUGAUGACCCUGCCAUGACACCAGACCUCAAAACAACUUCAGCAGACCCUUCUGUCUCCAUGGCAACAGAAGCUGAUUUUCCUCCACCACUUCCAUCCUUUGAUGACAUCAGGUUGCCGAGUUACCUGGAGAAAUAUCUUCCAAAAGAGCCUGAAACCGUUCCACCGUCAGAUAGGAUCGACCCGCUGGUCAGACCACAGACCACAUCAACAGUAACAAAAGGAAGUGUUUCUGUACCUGAUCUAGUGGUUCUGAAUCCGACUGGGAAAGAUAACGUGGCUAUCACAGAAGAUUGGUCAAUUCUGCCUACAUCUCAACCUUUAGAGGCUCGAACUUCUCAAGAGGACAUUCAGAGAGAACAGCCAAAUAUUCCAGCAGUCCGUGGAUUCCAUCGGCGUCCUGGAAAGAUCGUAAUAUAUGAGCAUCAUCAGUUCAGCGGUCAGUCCUUUGAGUUCUUCAGAGAUGAACCUGAUGCCACACGCCUGCAGCUGUCCAGUGUCAUAUCUGUUAAAGUUAUUAGAGGCUGCUGGAUACUGUAUGAGAAACCUGGUUUUGUGGGGCGUUGCAUCGCUCUGGAGGAGGAGGCCGUUAUUGAGCUGCCCAAUGAAUGGGCAGAAGAGGCGGGACUAACGUCUACUCCAAUGAUCAUUGGCUCAAUUCGGCUGGCUGUCAGAGACUACACUCCUCCCCGUAUUGAGCUGUUUACGGAGACCUUGGGCAUGGGAAGAAACUCUCAGUAUCUUGAAGACACAGACGAGGUCGGCUCGUUUGGUGUGCCACUGAACACCGGCUCCAUCAAAGUUCACAGUGGCCUGUGGAUGGUUUACAGUGAUCCGGGUUUUCAGGGUUUGUUAGCCGUGUUGGAGGUGGGAGAAUAUCCGAUUCCGGAGUCCUGGGGUUUCCCGUCGCCCACGGUGGGCUCACUGCGAGCGCUGCGCAUGGGCUAUCUGAAAAUAGAGAACCCUAAUGGAGUGAAGGCGGUGUUGUAUGAGAAGGCUGGUCUGGAGGGCCGCUGUGUGGAGGUUCAGGAAGACGUGUUGUCUUUCAGAAGGAAAGAGACAGACAGCGGUGAUCAAGACGGUCAUGGAUUGAAAUGUGUGGAAUCACUGAAGAUCAUCGGUGGACUGUGGGUGGCCUAUGAGCGGGAAGGUUUCGAGGGGCAGCAGUUCGUUCUGGAGGAAGGAGAGUAUUUAGACUGGAGAGACUGGGGCGGGACGGGUCACAAACUUCUGUCUCUACGGCCGGUUCUAACUGACGUCUCGUUUCCUCACUUGAAGAUGUUUCAUGAUUUGGACUUUGGAGAACGGGGUGGAACCAUCGACCUGCUGGAGCCGCUGGAGAACAUGGCCGACACGAGCUACGGUCCACACACGUGCUCGAUCGAUGUGCUGUCGGGAGUGUGGGUUGCGUUUGAAGACCCCGGGUUCUCUGGUCAGCUGUAUGUGUUGGAGAAAGGUCAGUACGGAUGCCCGGAGGACUGGUGCGCAUCAAACAGCCGAAUCUCUUCUGUGGUACCGGUGACUCAGGAAAAUCCGGGCGGCUCGUGCCAUUUCAAGAUUCAGUUGUUCUCGGAAGAUGAACUCUGCGGGACGUCUGUGCUGCUGGAUGACUCGUUACCCACAAUGCCUGACGGAUUCACCGUGCGCUCCUGUAGAGUCCUCGCUGGAAGUUGGCUGGCAUUAGGCGGUGAGUGUUCUUCAAGUCCGCAGUGUGUUCUGGAGGAGGGUGUGUAUCCUGAUAUCAGGUCGAUGGGUUUUACUCAACACGACACAUCAGUGACGUCUCUACAUCCAACUGGACACGAGUUCUCUCUGCCUUCUAUUGUUUUGUUCGAGCGUUCUGGACUGAAGGGACGCAGAACUUUACUGAAGUCCGGUUCAGUGAAUCUGCAGUUUACAGACUGCACGAGAGUCUCAUCUAUACUGGUGGAGGGCGGCAUGUGGGUUCUGUACGAGUCGAAUAACUUCAGAGGUGCUCAGUUCUUGCUCAAGCCAGGAGUGGUUCCUGAUUGGCCCAAACUUUCCGACUGGCCACGAAUCGGAUCUCUCCGCCCACUCAUACAGAAACAAGUGCAUUUCCGUUUGCGGAACAAGGAGGCGGGGCUACUGAUGUCUGUCACAGGGUCACUCGACGACAUCAAACUGAUGCGUAUCCAGGCAACCGAGGAGACGGGUGGCAUGGAUCAGAUCUGGAUCUAUCAGGACGGUCACUUGCAGUGCAAAUGGCUGCCGGAUUGCUGUGUGGAUGUGGGUUCUGGAGUCCCGAUGGCCGGCAGCAGAGCGGUUCUCUCUUCAGAACCUAGUCAGUCUCAACAGCUGUGGAACAUCACCUCUGAAGGACUCAUCCGGAACAAUGCCGCUCCUAACCUCAUACUGGAGGUCAAAGGAGGUCAGCAGUUCGACAAAACCCAGAUUAUUCUCAAUGAAUUCCACCCGAACAAAAUGAAUCAAAGAUGGUCCUUGGAGAUUCUCUGACCUGAUGACAGUGUAUUCAGCGCAGCUCAGCCGUGGGACCUACUGCUCUGUGGCAGAGCUGCACCAGGGGGACCAGAGUCCUGUGAGGCAGCUGCGCCAGGGGGACCAUGAACUGCAUUCGUUACGAAACAUCAUUCUCGAGAGAACAGCGCCACCAGCGGCUGGAAUAUGAUCAUAAUCUGCUGGACUAAUGAAAUUGAAACAUGUGCAAGCUGCCUUUCAAAGUAUAAAACUAAAUGAGCAUUGAAGAGACUUCAUACUUGAACAUUUAUUCUUUAUACAUUUUUAUAUUUCGUUCUGUGAAAUGCAUAAACAUACCUUCCUUUUCAGCUGUAUAAAACUAGAACUCUGAGUUUUAUUAAUAAACAUCAGCUUUGUUCCAAUCACUGACUCGUGUAAUCACGUCUCUGCUGAUUGGCCAGCGGGGAUUCACUCUUUGCUGACUGGCUGUC